AUGACCACGAAGGAACUGAAAGCCGUGAAAUCUUUGAGACUUAACAAGGAAAUUAUGAUUCUUCGAGCAGACAAAAGCAACUGCACAGUGGUUUUGGACGAAUCCGAAUACAAGGAUAAGUUAAACACGUUGCUAGAGUCCGGAGUUUACGAAACCUUGCCCAAAGACCCUACAGCUAAGGUGGAGAGGAAAGUUGACGACAAGUUCUUCCAACAGAAAGAUGGCAUGGCUAUGGGAAAUUCUCUCUCGCCCAUCGUUAGCAACAUCUUCAUGGAGCAUUUUGAAAAACUAGCUCUUGACUCAGCUCCGUACAAACCGUCGGUGUGGCUGCGAUACGUGGAUGAUACUUUUGUAGUCUGGCCUCAUGGUUCAGAGAGAUUACAGACUUUCUUCGACCACCUCAACAGUUUAAGGCCUUCCAUCUGCUUCACCAUGGAAACUGAGUCUAACAAUGCGAUCUCAUUUCUGGACGUUCUGGUCAUCAGGGAAAAGACGGCACUAGCCACACAGGUCUACAGGAAACCCACCCACACUGGCCAGUACCUCAACUUCAAUUCUAACCAUCCGCCGCAUGUGAAAAGAGGCUUGAUAAAAAGUCUCCACGACAGAGCCUCUACCAUAUGCCAAGAUCGACGAGAUUUGGCCAGAGAAAUUAACAACCUGAGACACGAUCUUCAGUUGAACGGUUAUUCCAAAGGUUUUAUUGACUAG